ACCCUGGUCAGCCCCAGCCCGCCCCCGCCGGCAGCGGCCCACGAGCACCCGGGGAGGGCGGAAAGGCCGAAGUUAGCUCCGCACCGACUCACCCCCCCCCUCCCCCCCAUGCCGUCGCACCAGGCUCUCAGGGAACAAGUGGCCAGGGCCUUGCUGAGGAGGGAUGUGCUGAUCGGCGCGGCUGUCGUCCUCAGACUCGCUCUCGUCUUUUACGGAGUCUAUCAAGACAGGACCAUGCUGGUGAAGUAUACGGACAUUGACUAUCACGUGUUCACAGAUGCCGCCAGAUUCGUAACAGAGGGGAGCUCCCCAUACCGAAGAGCGACCUACCGCUACACCGCUCUGCUGAGCUGGAUCUUAACUCCAAACAUCUACCUUACUCCUCUUUAUGGAAAGCUGCUUUUCAUUACUGGUGAUCUAAUAGCUGCAUACCUCAUAUACCAAAUCUUGCUGCUCAGAGAAGUGGACACCAGCAAAGCCUUCGGGUACUGUGCUUUCUGGCUUCUUAAUCCUCUACCAAUAGCUGUGUCCAGCAGAGGAAAUGCAGAGUCUCUUGUAGCAGUACUUGUGCUUGCCACCGUGUAUUACAUAGAAAAAGGAAACAUAGUGAAAUCUGCUAUAUUCUUUGGCUUUUCAGUGCAUAUGAAAAUUUACCCAGUGACUUAUGCCCUGCCAGUGGCCCUUCAUCUGCAGAAUAAUGGAUGCUGGGGAAAAGGGAAAACAGAUACUGUCCGUUUAAAAAAAUCAAAGUUUUCUCUUGUGGACCACUUCUGGCAGCUUAUUUUAAGGCUGCUGAACCGUGAUGUAUUGUUUUUUGUGGUGGUUAGUGGAUUUACAUUUGCAGCCUUGAGCCUUUCAUUUUAUUAUCUGUAUGGUUGGGAUUUUUUGGAACAUACCUACCUCUACCAUUUGACCAGGAGGGAUAUCCGUCAUAAUUUCUCCCCCUAUUUCUACAUGCUGUAUUUGACUGCAGAGAGUGAAUGGAGUUUUGCCCUAGGACUCUCAGCUUUCCUGCCACAGCUGGUGCUUCUUCUAGUUGUGUCUUUAGCCUAUUACAAAGACCUUGUCUUUUGUUGUUUCCUACAUACUGCAAUUUUUGUAAGUUUUAACAAAGUGUGCACAUCCCAAUAUUUUCUUUGGUACCUCUGCCUCUUGCCCCUUAUAAUGCCUGUUGUGAGAAUGUCCUGGCAGCGGGGUGUUUUGCUUCUCCUUCUGUGGUUUCUUGGACAGACACUGUGGCUGGCACCUGCAUAUUUUCUGGAAUUUAAAGGAAAAAAUACUUUUUUACUUAUAUGGCUGGCUGGCUUGCUUUUCCUUUUCAUUAAUUGCUUCAUCCUUGUUCAGAUUAUUUCUCACUAUCAGAAAGGAUCACAAGUAGCCAAGAAACUCAAACGUCAGUAAUGUGCAUAUCGGGAUGUGUGCUAAAUCCUACAAGUAGUCCCAUUGACUUUAAUGAGAUUGCUCAAAUGAGCAGGACUUGGCCUAAUAUCAGUAAUGCAAUUGUAGGUAAACAGUACUAAAACACAUUCUCUAUAAAUAGCCUUUUCCAGUGUCAUGUGAUUUUGGGGUGGGAGAGUAGGAUUAAGUGUUUGGGGACUUCGCCGCCAUCACCACCACAGCUAAGAGAGGGCUUGUCUCAGUUUUGAGUAAACUCAGUAUUGGGUAGAACUCAUAAGGUUGCAGAGGAGGGGUAUUAUAGCUCUGCUGAUCUCUUGUCAGAAUUUUUUUUUAAGUGUUUUGUUAGGUUGAUGGAGAACAAAUAAAACUUAAAGUGAUCAGUUACCAAA